AUGAUCUCCUACGCCUAUGCCGCCGGUGUCCUCGCUCUCAAGGCCUUUGGUUUCUACCUCUUCCGUUGGGUCAACUCCCAAAAGCACUCCUUCCGUCGUAACCCAGAGGCUCCAAUCUGGGGUAAGCGUGCCGAAUACAUCUCUACCAAGCGUGGUACCAAGCUCCUCGUCUCUGGUUUCUGGGGUGUCUGCCGUCAUCUCAACUACACCGGUGAUAUCAUCCUCUCGUGGGCUUGGUGUUUGCCAUGUGGUUUCGACUCUGUUGCUCCAUAUUUCUACGGUCUCUAUUUCACCACCUUGGAUCUCCAUCGUUGUCACCGUGAUCACCGUGCCUGUCUUGAAAAGUAUGGUGAUGACUGGAAGGAAUACUGUCGUCGUGUCCCAUACGUUUUCAUCCCAAGAGUUUUCUAA